UAGCAUAUUUUGAUUUCAAACCAGUCAUCGAAGCACUUGUUGUUCUCAUGGGCAUGGCGCCUUCCUCUGAAGACUCUCUCCUUCUCUAAGAAGGAGCUGACUGCGUACGUUCCGGUGGAAACAAACAAGCUGAAGAGAAAAUGGUGGUACGAUGCUCCAGCUAUUCUCUGCUAUUCCCCUUCUUCGCCGCCGUUUACUCUACCUGCCGUCGCAAAAAGCUUUGGCCGCAUCUAUUUCUCUUGCCAUUCAUAUCGAUUCCGCCCCCCAACAGUCCAAUUCGAUGCUUUCGGUUUCACCCUAUGUCUUCGUCAAGCUCCUUUCCGCAGCUGUCAACUCUUUCUCUGUCUAUACAGCCGAGCAAUAUCACUCCGCCAUCGUCAAGCUCGGUUUUUUCUCCAACGUGUUCGUCACCACCGUCCUCCUUGAUAUGUAUUGCAAAGACUGUAACUUUAACAGUGCGCAGCAGCUGUUCGACAAUAUGCCUCAACGAAAUGUCGUUACUUGGAACACUUUGAUUCAUGGUCUUUCGCUUAGUAAAAACCCGAAUCAUGCAAUAGAGGCUUUUUCUCAGAUGCUUGUUGAAGGAAUUUCUCCAACUCCUUUCAGUGUCUCCACUGUUCUAGCCACCUUCUCACAUUUGAGAGAUCUCAUGGCUGGAGUCUUGCUACAUUGUAUUGGUUUAAAGCAUGGGUUUUUCUCUAAUGUGGUUGUCGGAACAGCCCUUGUGGAUAUGUACUGUAAAUGUUCUGAUUUGCAUGGUGCGAAGAGAGUGUUUGAUGAAAUGCAUGAGCGGAAUGUGGUUACUUGGACUUCUCUGGUUACUGGGUAUGCUCAGCACCAAAGACCAAUUGAUGCCAUGCUACUGGUUAGAGAAAUGAGGCAACUUGGAGUUGUGAUGAAUAAGAUGACUUACAAUAGCCUUCUGAGCUCGUUUUGGCGGCUCUAUGAUCUGGUUUACGGAAAGCAAGUGCACUGUAUUGUGAUUAAAGAAGGACUAGAUUUUGAUCCCUUCAUUGCAGUCUCGCUUGUGACCAUGUACUCGAAAUGUGGAAGCUCAGUGGAUUUCAUGAAUGUGUGUUUGAACGUUUCAAUGUGGGAUCAGGUCUCAUUUAACUCGAUAAUUACCGGAUUUUCCCAUCUGGGAGAUGGCUGGGAGGUGCUUGCAAAGUUUGUGGAGAUGAGAAAGGCAUGCUUGGAUAUAGAUAUCUUCACUUUUGCGAGUGUUCUCAGAGCUAUUGCCAUUGCCUCUGCUCUUAGAGAAGGCAGGCAAACCCAUUCUUUGAUACUAAAAUGCAGCUAUGAUUUCAAUGUAAGCAUUCAGAAUGGAUUGGUCUCCAUGUAUGCUAAGUGUGGAGAGAUCAAUGAUUCAAUGGAGAUGUUUUUUUCAAUGGAUAAUCCUGAUUUGAUUUCAUGGAAUUCUCUUCUAUCAGGGUGUGCGCAGCAUGGUUAUGGCAAAGAGGCAGUAGAAAUAUUUGAAGAAAUGAAAAGGAUUGGGGUUAAACCAGAUGAAACAACCUACUUAUCAGUUCUUUCAGCCUGUAGUCAUGUUGGGCUUGUAAAGAAAGGGCUUGAGAUUUUCCAUCUGAUGCAAGAAGGAGACUCACUGAUUGUUGCAGGUAUGGAGCAUUAUGCUUGUGUGGUGGAUCUUCUUGGUAGAGCUGGUUAUCUUAAUGAAGCUUACAUUUUCGUCAACAGAAUGCCAAUAAAGCCUGGCGUUUCAGUGUACCGAGCAUUGCUUAGCGCAUGCCAAGUUCAUGGGAAUGUGGAGAUUGCUAAAUAUGCAGCAAACCGGUUAUUUGAGCUAUGUCCCAAUGACGCAGGUACACAUGUUUUGCUUUCAAAUGUAUUUGCAGCUAAUGAAUGUUGGUAUAAUUCAGCUGGAAUUCGUAAGGUAAUGUAUGGUAUGAGAGUGAGGAAGAAACCAGCAUGGAGUUGGAUAGAGGGCCAUGUAUCAGAUCAACUAGAAGAGAGUGAAAAAGCAUUACACGAAAUUUUUUGAAUACUGGCGAAACUUCCGGCGGUUAAACUGUGCAAAACUGCCUGUAGCUACUUUUAAAAAACUGUUUGGAUAGAAGGGGAUUAAAAGUACUUGUUUUGUGUUUUGAACUGACUGCAUGUACUUAUGAAAAACUAUUUGGAUAGAG